CUCCUCCUACCUUCGCCCUCAUUGGUGAAUUGGCUCUCUCGACUCCCAUUACUCUCCCUGCUGCUGCCGAUUGCCCGGAAGAGCCAUGGCGGCUAUGAGUUUACUGCAGCGGGCUUCGAUCACUGCAUUGGCAGCUCUGUCUGGCCGCCGCCUUGCCACGCGACUCGGAUUCGGAGGGUUCCUCACCCGUGGCUUUCCGAAGACUGCCGCUCCUGUUCGACACAGUGGAGACCAUGGGAAAAGAUUGUUUAUCAUCAAACCUUCUGGAUUCUAUGACAAGCGUUUUUUGACUUUACUGAAAUUCUACAUUUUUUUGACUGGAGUACCAGUAGCAAUUGGCAUAACUCUGAUAAAUGUAUUCAUCGGUGAAGCUGAAUUAGCAGAAAUUCCAGAAGGGUACAUCCCUGAACAUUGGGAAUAUUUCAAGCAUCCUAUAUCAAGAUGGAUUGCCCGUACUUUCUUUGACUGUCCCGAAAAGAAUUAUGAAAGAACAAUGUCUGUCCUUCAAAUUGAAGCUGAAAAAGCUGACUUACGGUUAAAAGAGCUGGAAGUACGAAGAUUAAUGCGUAUGAGAGGUGACGGACCCUGGUAUCAGUAUCCGACUAUUGAUAAGGCACUUGUUGAUAGUUCUCCAAAAGCAUCUCCCGACAACUAAUCGUUUAUUGCUCCACAUACGAAGUGUAUUCUCUUUAGUGAAAAUAAAUUAAUAAGUAUACUCUGUAUUUUUGCUCUCUGUGAUGAACAAAUGCGCUGCUGCCAUUGCUGUGUUUCUCGGUGUUGAUUGUGAUUAAGGCUUAAUUUGGGGCUUCUGGCUUCCUCUUUUAAGGAGGUUUAACGUGUUAUAAUAAAAACUGGGAGAAGUAGAAGUAGGCAAACUCCUAAGGUUGUGGUAACUUUGAAAGGUUAAUCUUUUAUUUAUCUGAUGAAUUAUAGAAGAGAAGGCUAGUUAUGUUAAGUGUCAAGGAUUAUAGUAACUUGUACACAUGUCUGUAUUGUAGACCUCUGGAUUAUUCAGUGGCAACUCAGGAUUUUAAAUUACACAAAUACUGAAUCAGUUAUUUAAAAUAACACCUUAAUAAACAAAUUUUGAGAUAACAAAUCUUAAAGGUUUAUUUUCAUGUUAUCUUUUUUUAGCCACAUGCAUUGUUUUUUUUUAAUUUAUGUACAUUUUUCUUAGAUGCUGUCUCUUAAGAUUCCUUAAAGUUCUUUUUUGUAAACACUGCAGAAGUUGUUGUGUAAGGUAAAACGAUUACUGCAGAGAUUAUGAAAUGUUAGUUAAGGCUGAAAAUACUAGCUGUUAUUUAUCAUGAAUUUACUGUGUGCUGAGCACUGUGCUAAAUAACUUUUUUCAUGUUAUUUUCAAAAUGAUGUUGUGAGGUACUAUUACUGUCUGCAUUUUACAAAUGAGAAACC